UUAAAUAUAAUGAUGUGGUAAUUAACAUUUUAUUAAAUUAUGUAUAUUAAGAAUUUUAUUAUAUUUUCAAAUCUAUAUAUUUAUAUAUUUGUAUUUUUAGUAUAAUGCUGGAAUGAUGGUGCUAAUGGAAAAUAGAACUGCUGCAAUUUACGAUGAAAUUUUCAAGUGGUUAACUGAGCAAGUUGAGUCUCUAAAAACGAGGUCACUCCAUAUUAUGAGUGACUUUGAAAAAGCCACCGUUAAAGCUUUACGGAAAAAUUUUCCACUAGCUCAAAUACAUGGCUGCUAUUUUCACUUUGUCCACGCAGUAAUUAAAAAUUGGCAAGCUCACAACUUGAAGAUUCCGGAUUACUUUUUGUCUAUGAUGUUAAGUGUACCACUGUUGCCAGAAAAUUUAAUUCCUCAAGCCGAAAAAGUUUUAAAUGAAGAAAUGGAAAAAAUAAAACACUUAGAUGUAAAUAUUAUAAUCUUCAUGAACUACUUCAAAACGACUUGGUUGGCACAUCCGAAUCAUAUAAGCGUUUUUGAAGCAUUGACAGCUACCAAUGAUGGUCCAGAAAGUUUUCAUCGCCAUUGUAAAUGUCGUUUGGGAGGUUCCCACCCAGACGUAUGGACAUUAAUAGGUAUAAAUUUAAUAAAGUAAAUAUUAUUAAGUACAAACUAUGGUUUAUAAGUAUAGAAAUAUAUUCAUUACUAUUAUUUCUCUAAUGACAAGAAGCUU